AUGCUGGAAUCCCAAGAGUACCGUGAUGUGUUGCAUACCGACAUUAGAAGCCCAAUCCCCGAGGCUCUAGUGUCCAAAAUUACGUCUCUGCCGCCAUUCAUUCCUAUACAAGGCGUAUCCAACUUUCGCGACUUGAGCCAUGAUGACAAUAAAUUGCGACCGGGCUAUGUCUACCGUUCGGGAAAUCUGUCUGACGUUAUGGAAUCCGGAAAAGCGAUCAUUGCAACCGAAUUAGGGAUAACUACUAUCUUUGACCUCCGGAAUGAGGGUGAAAGACAGAAGGCGCCUCCAGCUUCGAUUCCAGGAGUUGACACUAUAUGGAUGCCAUAUGGCUCCUCGCCCGCGACUUUAAAUUUGCGAGAUUUUGCAGGAGAAGACAAAGGAGCUGCAGGGUUUGUGAAGAUGUAUUCGGGGAUCCUCAGGGCCGCGAAACCGUGCUUUGCUGAGGUAUUUACCCACAUCAGAGAUAGCCCAGAUGAUCCAUUCAUCUUCCAUUGCUCUGCCGGUAAAGAUCGCACAGGUGUUCUGGCGGCUCUGAUACUUCUCUUGAUUGGCCGACCUGGCGAUGAGAUCAUCAAUGAUUAUAUCCUCACUCGUGUUGGCCUUGAGAGCGCCAGAGAGAACCUUAUGGAGGCGUUUGCUAUGAACAUGGAUUCCGACGAAGUCGAUAUCAACCAGUUGAGUCCUGAGGCUCUAGGCAUGCUCGAGCUAUGCGGCGUUCGUGCGACCGCGAUGGCAGAGUUUUUGAAAUAUUUUGCAGGUGCCUAUGAAAAUGGCAUCGAGGGCUAUCUGACCAAUAAUCUUGGGUUUUCGCAUAGUCAUGUUGACACAAUGCGCAAGAACCUCAUCUCCUAG